AUGACAGUUUUUUUGCUAGCAACAGAGAUAUUAUCGAUUGGCGUGAAGCCCGGAUGGAAGAAGGGAACAAAAAUUACCUUCCCAGAUAAGGGGAAUGAGCAGGUGAACCAGCUUCCUGCAGAUCUUGUAUUCGUGAUCGAUGAGAAGCCUCAUGAUGUUUGCAUGAGAGACGGCAAUGACCUGAUCAUAAACUAUAUAGUGUCACUAUCAGAAGCGCUGGGAGGGACCACUGUUUCCUACAAGAUUGACAGUGGAGCAACGAGCUGCAGUCAGGUGUGCUUUAGGGGGUUCAUAGCCAAUGAUCUCUUUGGAAAUGAUGAGCUGUAUUCGGCAUCCAUGCGAGAGGUUGAGUAUUGA